AUGAAGCUCUCCGGCAUCUGUGCCUUCCUGUCAUGCCUUGUCUUAGUGCAGGCAGAACAACAGAUCACAUGGUGUUUAAAGUCAGAGGCGGUGUUGAAGAAAUGCAUCCAGAUUCAGUCUCUAAACUGCUUAAAGAUGGAAGGAACUUGGGAGUGUAUCCAAGUCGUCAUGAAUGGCGAAGCAGAUGCCAUCACUCUGGAUGGAGGAGAUAUCUUCACAGCCGGUCUCAAACCCUAUAACCUUCACCCCAUCCUGGCAGAACAUUAUGACAAAGAGACGUGCUACUACGCUGUAGCUGUGGCAAAGAAAGGAACUAUGUUUGGCUUCAAUGACCUCCGUGGGAAGAAGACGUAUCAUACUGGUUUGGGGAAAAUUGCAGACUGGUACAUCCCCAUUGGCGCUCUCAUUAAAAAUGGACAGAUUAAAUGGGAUGGCAUCAAGGACCAACCUCUGUAG